AUGGCAAGACCAACCAAGGGGAAGAAAGCGGUCGCAAAGCCUCUUAUGAAAUCAGUGGUGGCUGCAGAUGGAAGUGCGAAGAUCGAAGUUGGUAGAUGUUCGCAAAGAUCUGUGGAGGAAGAGGAGGAAUUAGGACUUCGAACUCUGAUAAGAGAUAUCAAAUUUCCUGUGAAAUCUCCUUCAAUUCAAUUGAAUUCGAUGCUUGAAGAACUGUCUGUUCAGAAAAUUGUAACGUCUGGUACUGGGAGUGGUCUUAAUUUGCCUGUGGAUAGAAAGGAUGAGGGAAUGAACUGGAAGUCCUUAUUUGAGGAUAUUCCAGUGGAUUUGGAAUAUGUAGAUCUUGCGGUUGUUAAUACCAAAAAAGUAGCUAAGGGAGAAGUACAAGAUAAAAGUAGCAGAGCAGGAAAUAUGAUGAAAACAACUGAUCAAGAAGGCAAGAAGGAGUCAAACGAGCAUGGAAAGGAAAUCGUAGAGGGACCAGGUCUAGUGAUAAUAAAUGGUAACCCUGUGGAAGACUAUAGAAGAUGGGUGAAUAAGGAGAGGGCAAGAAUGGAUGUUCAGGGGGAUCCCCCUUAUGAAUAA